GCCCGGGCGCACGCGGCUUCCGGUGUCAUGGCGGCUCGAGCGCUCGGCAGUCGGUGAGGCGGCGGCAGGCCCCUCCCUGCGGAGCCGCGGGUCCGGCGGCCGGGGAUGUGACCGCGGGCGCUGCCGGCCUGCCCCGGGCGUCGUGUCAGCUCGCGUGUCGGUGCCCUCAGUCCAGCCCGAUGGCGGGAUCCGGCUGCGCGUGGGGCGCCGAGCCGCCGCGGUUCCUGGAAGCUUUCGGGCGGCUGUGGCAGGUCCAGAGCCGCCUGGGGAGCGGCUCCUCGGCCUCGGUGUAUCGGGUGCGCUGCUGCGGCACACCCGGCUCGCCGCCCGGCGCCCUCAAGCAGUUCCUACCUCCGGGAACCACCGGGGCCGCGGCCUCGGCCGCCGAGUACGGCUUCCGCAAAGAGAGGGCGGCGCUGGAGCGGUUGCAGGGUCACAGGAACAUCGUGACUUUGUAUGGAGUCUUUACAAUCCACUUCUCUCCAAAUGUGCCAUCACGCUGUCUAUUGCUUGAACUCCUGGAUGUCAGUGUUUCGGAAUUGCUUUUAUAUUCCAGUCACCAGGGUUGUUCCAUGUGGAUGAUACAGCAUUGUGCCAGAGAUGUUCUGGAAGCCCUUGCUUUUCUUCAUCAUGAGGGUUAUGUCCAUGCAGACCUCAAACCACGUAACAUACUGUGGAGUGCAGAGAAUGAAUGUUUUAAACUCAUUGACUUUGGACUUAGUUUCAAAGAAGGCAAUCAGGAUGUAAAGUAUAUUCAGACAGACGGGUACCGGGCUCCAGAAGCAGAACUGCAGAAUUGCUUGGCCCAGGCCGGCCUGCAGAGUGAUACAGAGUGUACCUCAGCUGUCGAUCUUUGGAGCCUAGGAAUCAUUUUACUGGAAAUGUUCUCAGGAAUGAAACUGAAACAUACAGUCAGAUCUCAGGAAUGGAAGGCAAACAGUUCUGCUAUUAUUGAUCACAUAUUUGCCAGUAAAGCAGUGGUGAAUGCCGCAAUUCCAGCCUAUCACCUAAGAGACCUUAUCAAAAGCAUGCUUCAUGAUGAUCCGAGCAGGCGAAUUCCUGCUGAAAUGGCAUUGUGCAGUCCAUUCUUCAGCAUUCCUUUUGCCCCUCACAUUGAAGAUCUGGUGAUGCUCCCGACUCCAGUGCUAAGGCUGCUGAACGUGCUGGAUGACGAUUAUCUGGAGAACGAAGAGGAAUAUGAAGAUGUUGUGGAAGAUGUAAAAGAGGAGUGUCAGAAAUAUGGACCAGUGGUGUCUCUGCUUGUUCCAAAGGAAAAUCCUGGCAGAGGACAAGUCUUUGUUGAGUAUGCAAACGCUGGUGAUUCCAAAGCUGCUCAGAAAUUGCUGACUGGAAGGAUGUUUGAUGGGAAGUUUGUUGUGGCGACAUUCUACCCACUGAGUGCCUAUAAGAGGGGAUAUCUGUAUCAAACUUUGCUUUAAUCAGUAAACUAAGGACUGUUUCCUGUUUCUCCUCUUCCAUUUCCUGGGUUAUUGUAUUCUACAUCUGAAUGCAGAAGUAUCCCCCUUAUCAUUUUUAGGGAAUACUUUGUACAUUUAUUUAAUCCUACUAAUGUGCAGCCAUUGCUCACGCAGUGACACAUUGCAGAUGUUUGACACCGAGUAGGACAAACCCACCCAGCUAUGUAUUGAGGGGUUCAGAGCGUCCACAUGGGCAGCCUUUUUUGUGCAGUAAGGCCAGCGCUGCUCUUCCUUAUGUACCUAAAAAGAUACUAAUUAUUUCAUGUGAUCAGGAAGCCAGGAUGAGUAAUACCAUGUAGUGAGUAAUAACAAAUGUGUUAGAGUUGGUGACGUCAUUUACAGAUUGCUCCCUCAUGUUGUCGGUUGGUUCUUCCUUAUUGCUGGUAUCCAUGGCUGGCACCGGAUGCUCUCAGUAAUGUUAAGUAAUUAAUUGUUAAGCAGCAAUUACCUACUGUGUUCUUAACACUGAGUUGUGAAUUUUUUUAAAGGAGUACUGUAAUACUGAAUAUUCCUUUAAAAAAACUGCAGUGAGCCUAUUUACAUUUUUUUUUUAAGUAAGGCUUUUAAAAUAGAAAGCUGAUGAUCUUGCACAAUUUUUAUGUCUAGUAUGUAUGCUUGAAUGAGUGUGCAGGUGUGAAAGAUUAGAGAAAAUUCGAGUCAGUGUACUUUAUAGUGUGAAUCUUGUGAGCUGAUACAGUCUAUACUCUUACCUACCUGUUUCAUAUCUAUAAGAUUUAGGAUAUAAGUUUUGGAGAGUUGGUCUGUCUAAUAGAAUGUAAAUGAGAAAAUAGUUCAUUCCUGAGAGGCUCAGAACAGUAAGUCUAAACUGGGUUACAUGGAAACUCUCUUAAAGUGAUUAGAACAAAGAACAGGUACUUUACAGGUAAAGUGCCCCAUCCUUCAUCUAGUUUAGACCCUUUUUAGCUCAUCUUUUUGUACUGAAUCUCCUAUGAUCAUUGUAAGAUUUCUCAAGAUACAUUGCUGUGUACUAUUGAAGUGGGUCAAAAAGAAAGAAUUAGAUGUUCAGUGAAGGGAAAAGAAAAGAAAAAAAUGGGCAGAGAGAGAGAGUGGGUAAUCAAGGAUUCUUUUUUCUUCUCUUUCAUUCCCACCUCUCCCCUCUUCCUUCUCUCCCCCAUUCUCUCCCUCCAUCCUUAGCUGAGGAGAAGCUAAGGGACAGCAUCCAGGUGAUCUGGCUUUUGACUGCAAGGAGUUUAAGAAGGAUGAGGCUGUAGUAAGGUGCAAAUAGAAAAGAAAACUUGGGAAGAAUUCUUAAACGAUUCAUAGCAAUCUAAUGUGUCCCUGAGCAGAGGGAACAGGCUUGAUUACAUGGCUUUAGGAGUUAGAAUUAUGGGUUCCUUCCCCUUUAUGGUAGAUUGUCCUUAAAGUUUAAGACUUAAGAAACCUUUAUAGAGCGCUGAUCAUACAGAAGAAAAAAAGACAAGUUAUAUACAGGUUAUGAAAUUUUUCUUAUUUCCUUACCUAAAUGAAAUUUUAAUUUAUUUUUUCCUAAGAAAAAUGCUUUUAUAUCUUUCCCUGCUGGAAGCCUCCUCAUAUAGUCUUUCUCUGUGUGUGCCAGGUUUUUGGGAACCCAAUUAAGAAUUUCAUUUUAGAGGAUGAAUUAUUCUCUGUUUAAACAAUUACUAUUUGACAUUUUAGUUAUUUACAGUUACCACAUUAUUCAGGACUCUUCCUUAAUCUUUAUUAUAAGGCCAAAGUUGGCAUAAGGGGGCUGAUUUAUGAAUUGCCAAAAGGUCUUGUGGUGUGGUCCCCAAGGGAAGACUCGAUAGUAAGCUUCUAAUAUGUGCCCUUAGAAGGGCACUAGUAUAUUUCAUUUCGGCCCUUUCAGCUGUUGAUGAGCUGAUUUGUUUUCAAAUAAAAAUUCUAGAGACUAUAACCAGUAUUGUAGAGACCUAGGCUUUCCUAAAACAUAAAUAUUUAUAUGUAGCGUCUUCCAUGGUGAUUAAAAACACCACGUUCUUCCAUCCAUACUAAAGAACACAGAACAUGAAUGAAUUCUUUUUUAAGGACAAGUGUGCUGGGUCAGCACAUAAAACUUUCUCAUUCCCUCCCUGCCCCGUGCAAAAGAAUCCUUAGGAAUAAACUGCAAGUGGGCUCCUAAGCUUAGUGCCGCAGUCCGCUGCUGACUCGCGCUGCCGGAUCUCACGGCCUUCUUUGAUCACCUUCCUGCUGGUGAAGUCACACGUACAUGUAGUGUUUAACACUGUAAUUUUAUUACAAAAGAUGCUAACUAGAUUUUAAGGGAGCUGAGGGGCUAAUUGAUGGGCCUGAGUAACUAUGUAUUGAAUUAAAUAUUUUAUAUUAAAGAGACAGGAUUGAAAGAAGAUGCCCCGUGUAUAAAAAUUAUUUUAUAGCUCUUAGCCCAUUACCACCAAAGAUGACAUAUGCAGAUUCACCCUCCUUCCUUUGAUAUUAUAAGAAGUUUAACCUUACUAUCUUUCUUUACCAUGAACCAAAUAUUAUCAAAAGAUACAAUUUUCAUGAUUCUUUUAGGAUGAAAUAUAUACAGAGAUUUUGAUUCCUUGAAGUUACUAAAAACCCAGAAGUUUUCUUUUUGAGAGGUGAGGUAAAGAGGUGAGGGUUUGUGUCACUUAACCCCUACCCUUUUGGGCAAAUUUUAUCUCAGGUAGUUUUUCUUGCCCCAAAUUGAUAUCUGUGCUUCCUUCCCUCUUGCCCUCCCAGUUUCUUCUUACUGUUCCAUGAGAUUGUCAUGGUACAUUUUCAGCCCAGAAAAGACAUAAAUUGAUUAUUCUAUAGGAAAUCUUUGGUUCUUAGGAACCAUAUUUGGAGAGGUGGCUAGCCUAGUUACUUUCACAACUUUAGUGCUGUAUUUAGAGGAAGAGAAUGAGUGGGUUGGACACCUCAGUUAAGAGACAGCAUUGGCUAAAAGUGACUGUUGGCUGCGUUUUAAAGGAAUAAUUAAAAAACUAUCCUCUUGGAAUAAGAGAUUGCAUUGAUUGCCACUGGGUAUCUUCCUUGUUUUAUGCCCAAAAAUAUAGUAACUCUUUAAAGAAACGCUCUCUGUUGUGUGUUGAGCCAAAACUAUGGCCACUUUUAGAAUAAAAUCCUAAAUAUAGUUUUACUCAUCCUUUUUUGUUUUUAUUGAGACAAGUGUUACCUUCUUUUUGGUACUCCAGCUGCUAAAGAAAGUGCUGAGUCAUGUUAAAUGAACCCUGUUAAAAAAAUCCCUGAAUUUUUAUUUAACUUGCAUUCUAGAUUCAUGUUACUUGUACUUAUUUUCACCUUUGAGCAAAUUUAUUAUAGGGAAUGCUGCCCGAAACAGUGCUGCCAUGUAGAGAAAGCUUAAGAGAAACUGUGCAUGGGUUUGUAUUCAUGUUAUUAUACUGGGCUUUUACUCUGGUAAUGGCAUUAGUUAUGUUUCUGGAGUAAAAGUCAGAGUUCCAACACUUAGAUGAUGGUUCAUGGCUCAUUUCAGUUUACCCAUCAUAUGCAGGUAACUAAGAUUUUGGCAUUAUUUUCUUCUUAGAGAUCUUAAUAUUCUGACUUUAUUGGGCCUAUGUUAUAUAAUUUCUACUAUCAGUUACUUGGCAGCAUGACAUUUUAUUUCUUAUAAUUUAAUGAAAAUCAGUACCAUAGUAACUGAUGGUAAUUACAAUAACAUGGUUCCUGGGUGAGGGGGUAGGGGAGAUGCUCAGUAACCGAGUGUUUUACCUAGACGUUUAUGCAAGGGUACAUGUUAGGGGGCUUUAUUCAGAUCAGGGUACAGAUGGAAUUGCAUCAUGACAUUUAGUUUGGUGGAUGUGUAGACAGUCAAAGCUUGAAGCAAGUGCCUUGUGUUUUCUGGAAAAUACUAGAACUCAUUUGGGUGAAAGCUUCCCAGAUGAUGAUAAUUUAUUGUACCUCUACCUUUUCCUUGGAAUAACCUUUGGAUUGAAUCAUGUAGUGUAAAAGUCCAAAAUUUCCUUGGUUUACCUCUUUUUGAAUGUGUAAAACUAUUUGUAUUUGUUUUUUUCCCAAUAUUACAUGUGAUGGGAAAGCCAAAGUUUAUCUGGCAGAAUCUUAAUUCUUCCUUGAAUCUAGUUCCGUUUUUUAACAUAUGGUUCUCUCUUCAAAUCUUAUUACUUUAGCUCUCUGAUACAGUUUAUUUCUUGUCAAUUGUGGUCAUGUUCAGACCAGCCUCUGGUCACAAUUAGCGUCAAAUAAUUUCCAUUUCUUAAGGUGCUCAAAAGUCAUCUUAACUUUGACAUGGCAGUCUUUUCAAAUUAGUAUUACUUAAAAGCUUUCUCAAUGAAUAUAAAUAUAAAAAUGGUUUAGUCUCCACAAUAUGGAGCUCAGCUGAGCCUCUUCUGGUAUAUUUAGAUCAGGUACAUUUUCUAAGUUACAGAGGAACAUGGAUGUUUAGUUUUGGAAGUACCCCAAAUUUUAAAGGUCUUGUUUUGUUCCGUUUUAGGUUAGCUACUUCUCUGCCUGAUACUGCAGGGUGUAUCAGGUUUUGUUUUCUUAGCCCCACCCCACCCAGUGUUUUCACUAUUUUUUAAGCCGUGUGAUAAGCAGUAGGUUCACACAGUGGCAUGCAGUUGACAAAUACUAUGGAUAUUUAAGAAGAGGUAAACAAUUUUAUCUAUUUUUGCUGCAAUUUUAUAGGAGAAAGGGGCUAUAAAAGAACCAGAGAGCAUUUAGGGAAUUUUAUAUUUUAUAGGUGUUAAUUACUGUGACCUUCACGAUAUAAGAUACAUAGUUUAUGCAAGCUUUGUUCUCCUGAUAAGAAGGUUUUAUUAAUUUUCCUACAGCUCAGCACUUUCAUUGUUCUUAUACUGCUUAUUAGGGUUAAUGUUUCAAAUUUGCUUUAUUUGUGCUUUUCAGACAGUUGUCAUGAUCAUGGCAGUUAUGUUUGUGGCACCAUAAAUGCUGGAAUUCAUGGGAAACUUACAAAAUGAUUGCCUGAAUGUUAUUUCCCAUUAGAAAGAGUAGCUGUCACAGUAUCUUAAAGAAAACUGAUGGAUUUUUUGAAAGCCAUGUAAGUUUGAUGACCUAGGUUCAUAGUAUUUUAAUUUAAAGGCAAAGAGAAGCAUUUUAUCUUAAUUGCCUUAAAUGACCAUUAAUCCUUGUUUUGCAGAAAAGAGCUUAUUUUGUUAUACUAUUUUGUAUAAUGAAAAUAAGUCACAUUCUAGAGGGAAAAAAAACCCAAACUGGAAUUGUUAGUUUCUUUGUUUCUUCUUGAAAACCCCUUAUGUAAACAGCAGAGCUAAUUGUUAGCAUGGUAAACUCUUGAUGGUCAGCAAGAGAAUUAUUUGUGGUCACUUGUUUUGCCCUCCUAUUUUGGAAUUGCCUCUCCCUUCUAGGUUAUCACUUACUAACAUUCAUGAUGUCAGGACAAUGAACCAUAAAAGCAGAUAUAUGGGGUUUGAAGUCAUGCAUAUAUGGACUCAAAAUACCUUAAGUUAUUUGAAUUAUCUCACUCUGUGUUGUUUUAUUAGCAUGGAUUGCUAGGAGUCUGCCAAACUUAAGAGUAAAGAAGAGAAAAAAUAGAGAUAUGAAAGGAAGAAAGUGGCUUCCUACUGGUAUUUGCAAUUUUCCAUGUAGCUUAUGAUCUAAAAAUGAUACUUAUUUUUAAAAAUCUAGGUCUGGUACUUGUAGCACAGAAACACUGCCUUUCCUACACAUUCCUAAUUACUGUUUCCCCAGAAAAUUAAUAUAAGAAUUUACGAAACCAGAAUAAAUAUCCGUAUUCAAUAUGGCCUAAUAUUUUUGAAAUAAAUAUUUAAAUUCCAGGGAUUUUUGUGUACUUGGUAUACAUCAAGAUACAUGCAAAUCAAGGUUCAGGAAGGACCUGGGAUUCAGCCAUCUCUGUAUUUCCCUUUGCACGUCAGGUGCAGUGGGUGGCAUUAGUGUGCACUGGCUGCACAGUUACAGCACCUUACGCGAGUAAGUAGCACUUAUUCAUUAGAAUAAAAAAAAAAUAGCUAAGCUGCACUUCUGUAGAAUAUUUACUUUGCAGAGGGUAAAGCUGUCAUAUCUUUUCUAGCAGGAUUUCUUCCUUCAUUCUUAAUUCCUGGUUGAAAAAAUCUUUAACAAAUUAACAUUCCUCUCUUAUCCUCUUAAAAGUGUCAAACUGGGGUAGAAAGGUUUGGUUCUCCCCCACCCCAACCACCACCAGAAAGGGCUCCAUCUUUAUCUUUUGAUCACUCUUAGAAGUCCAGUUGUGAUCGUACAUUUAGCAGUUUAUGGUUUCCUGUUUCACUGGAGUGAUUGUGAAUAUCAAAAUCUAUUAUUUCCCUCUGUAACAGGUAAUGGCUAUGUUUUUGACUAGAAGGUGUGGUUAGAAAAAAUGUGAAAGAUCACUUAAACCAAAGCCAGUCACAAGGAGUAUUCUCUCCUGUUGGUUUACCUUCACCUCAGAAGUCCGAGAAUAUUACAGUACAUAGUGAGUAGCUGUCUAUAAUAUUUCUACCAGCUGUUCAAAUAGCAUAUUGGUCUUGGCAUUUCUUGGCACAGUGGUUCUCUGUUUUGGUGAUGUCUUAUUGUUUGUGAGAUUUUUUCUUUAAAUAAUUAAGUGGGACUAUACAUGUCGAUGUGUUAUCAGUACUAAAAAGUUGUUUUCUCAGAUCCCUAAUUUCGAAUUUCUAUUCAAGUCCUUUAAACUUGUUUUUUCUUGCUAAAUAGCAAAGAACUUACUUUUCCACUUUCCUGUAUAUCUAGAAAGUACGGACACUGCGUUUCAGUCGACUGUAUUGUGUAUAGUUCCUCGCUGAAACUUCCUGUAAACACAAUUGCCUUGUUCAGUUUUGUUGUAAACUGACCAUAAAAUGCACUGUUGAUAUGCUUUCUGAUAUGUGUUUGAUAAGGGUGAUAAAAUAAAGCUUAUUAAAAAUAAA